AUGAAGCUCGCCCUUUCUACUUCUUUCUUCGCAUCCGUCCUUGGACAGGCCCCUGGAGGAGCUGCCCAGUAUCUUUACUGUAUCAAUGCGAAUAACCACGGUUCUAACCCUCGUAUGCUUCCCAACAACAUGUGCUGCCCAUUCUAUGAGCAAGCCGGUAUCAAGGGCAAGCCAUACCAUUCUGCCGUCCACGGAUGCUGUGGAACUGCUCUUUAUGAUCUGACUACUCAGGAUUGCUGCCCAGAAGCUGAAGUUAUCAUGGAGAAGGGAACUCGACCAUCUGCCCCAACAGGUUUCUUCGGCUCGGCUCAAGUUAUCGGAGGCGAGAGCACCAUUCUUCUCAUGUGGGAUGAAGCCGUCUCUGGAAGCUCAUACUACCUGGAUGUUCGAUCUAUGAAGCUCAACGGCGAAGAAGUCGAAAUCGAAAAGCCAUUCGGAACUGGUACUCUUGACAGUCACUUUGCUUCCCUCAGCAAUGUCGUCUCCGGAGUCGAGUACGAAUUCGAAGUUUCCACCAUCAACUGCCUCGGAGACAUCUCCAGCAGCUCCAAGUUCUCCGUCACCGCCUAA